AUGACUCAGGACAUGGAGGAAACUGUAGAGACUUUUGGAGAUAUUAACCUCACUCUAGGCAUGCUGAACAUGGAAGAUAAUAUUAGUAAGGAAGACGUUUAUAGUCAUCUCACUUCUGUUAUUCAGAAUAAUGACAUCUUGGAUGAUGCAAUCGUCCAACGGUUGAUUUAUUAUGCCUCUAAGGACAUGAGAGACAACAAUAUCCUCAGAGAAACCAGGAUGCUGGCUGGUGAGGUUUUGGUGUCUCUUGCUGCACAUGAUUUCAACUCUGUGAUGUAUGAAGUACAAAGUAACUUCAGGAUCCUGGAACUACCAGAUGAAUUCGUCGUGCUUGCUCUGGCUGAACUGGCAGCCAGCUACGUGUCCCAGAGUAUUCCCUUCAUGAUGAUGACCCUGCUAACCAUGCAAACCAUGCUCAGGCUGGCCGAAGAGGAGAGGAUGAAGAGAGUUUUCUGUAUUGCCCUUGAGAAAUUCAGCAAGGCCAUUUACAAGUAUGUCAACCACUGGAGAGACUUCCCCUAUCCAAGAUUGGAUGCCAACCGACUAUCUGACAAGAUCUUCAUGCUGUUCCGGUAUAUAAUGGAGAAGUGGGCCCCCGUUACCUCGCCCAUGCAAACUUUGGCCAUUGUUAAGGCACACGGCCCCACAGUGAGCCUGCUGCUCCAUCGGGAAGAUCUCUGUGACUAUGCCCUGGACCAGGUACCCUGGCUCCUGAACCAGUAUAAAGACAAAGAGAUUGAUUUUCACGUCACUCAGAGUCUAAAACAAAUACUGACCGCGGUGGUCCUUUAUGGCACGGCCCUUCCAAAGGGCUUGAGAAAAACCAUCUUUAUCAAUUUACUCCACCAGGUGUGCAGAGUUCCAGAGCCUCCAGUAAAGGAAAAUGAAAUUGAAGCUUCAAGCUGUUUCCUCAUUCUAGCCCAUUCCAACCCUGCAGACCUGAUGGAAUUUUUUGAUGAACAAAUGAGAAGUGAUAAUGAAACCACUCGAAUGGGAAUCUUGACUUUGUUAAGAUCGGCUAUCAAUGCUGAGGAGCCCAAGUUGCGAGAUCACAUCACUUCAAUUGAAAAAACAGUCAAAGUCGUCAUGGGUGACCUCAAUAUAAAAGUAAGAGAAAUAAUGGGGACUUUAAUUUUGUUAUGGAGAAAUCAUGGACGAAUCCAAAAUCCCUGCAUCUUGCUUUGUUUUCCCCAGGUGCUAUGGCCAAGAAUCCUGACUUUUGUAGUUCCUGCAGAAUAUACAGGAACUCUGGAUUACCUGUUUAAUAUCAUCAGACGUUUGCUUAUGGCGGAGGAGAGGAAGAAGAAUGAUACCAAGGAGUCAACAGCACUUGUCGUCUCUACCGGAGCUGUGAAACUUCCUUCGCCACAGCAGCUAUUGGCCAGACUUCUGGUAAUAUCUAUGCUUGCCAGUUUAGGGAAAUUAUGUGGGGCUGGUGCAAUAGGACUUUUGAAGAUGCUGCCUGAGAUAAUUCACCCCAAAUUGGUAGACCUGUGGAAAACACGCUUUCCUGAGCUCCUGCAGCCGCUGGAAGGAAAGAAUACUAGCAUCGUGCUAUGGGAAACCAUGCUACUUCAGUUGCUCAAAGAAUCUCUAUGGAAGAUCAAUGACAUAGCCUGGACCAUUCAACUGAGUCGAGAUUUCAAGGAGCAAAUGGGUAGUUACAGCAACACCUCCCUUGAGAAGAAAUUCCUUUGGAAAGCCUUGGGAACCACCUUAGCAUCCUGCCAAGAUAUAGACUUUGUAAGCUCACAGAUUAAGGAAUUUCUGAUUGCUCCCCACCAACUGGGAGAUCAGCGACAGGGAAUAACAUCUAUUUUAGGAUACUGUGCUGAGAGCCACUUGGAUACUGUUUUAAAAGUUCUUAAAACAUUCCAAGAUCGGGAAAAAUUUUUCAUGAAUCGAUGUAAGGGUAUUUUUUCUGGGAAAAAGAGCCUGACCAAGACUGAUGUCAUGGUAAUCUAUGGAGCCGUGGCCCUCCAUGCUCCCAAGGGUCAACUCCUCACCAGGCUUGAUCAAGACAUUGUUUCCCAAGUCCUGUUUCUUUAUGGCCAGUGCUCUCAGGUUCUGGGCAUGUCUGUGAUGAGCAAGGACAUGGAUCUGCAAAUGAGUUUCACAAGAACUAUCACUGAGAUUGGUAUUGCUGUCCACGAUGCUGAGGAUAAGGGAUUCAAGUUCACCUACAAGGAGGUGCUGCUGGGUUACAUGCUGAAAUUCAUCAGGGAUGAGCCCCUGGACUCUCUAGCUAGCCCUGUUCGGUGGAAAGCCUUAAUCGCCAUCAGAUACCUCAGUAAACUGAAACCUCAGCUCUCACUAAAUGACCACCUAAAUAUUCUUGAAGAGAAUAUUCGCAGGCUGCUUCCCCUGCCACCUCUGGAAAAACUCAAAGAUGGAGGCGAGACAGACAAGGACAAGGAGCACAUUAAUUUUCUCUACGAACGAUCCAUGGAUGCUCUAGGAAGGCUGCUGAAGACCAUGAUGUGGGAUAAUGUGAAAGCAGAGGACUGCCAAGAAAUAUUCAAUCUUCUCCGAAUGUGGCUUGUUUCACAAAAAGAUUGGGAAAGAGAAAGAGCCUUCCAGAUCACCGCAAAAGUGCUGACAAAUGAUAUUGAGGCACCAGAGAACUUUAAAAUUGGCUCACUCCUCGGCCUCCUGGCUCCUCACUCCUGUGACACCCUGCCCACCAUCCGUCAAGCGGCUGCCAGCUCCACUAUUGGUCUGUUCUGUAUAAAAGGCACUCACCUGGAGGUGGAAAGACUGCAGAGUCUGCAGGAAGGGUUGCAAUGUGACAAUGUGCAGGUCCAGAUCAACAUUUCUUCUAAAAUAGCAAAGAUUGUCAGUAAACUCAUCCCAGUUGAAGAAAUUCUAAUGUUCCUGGAGGAAACCCUGGAUGGUCUGGAGAGCCUUAACUCCACCUGUACCCAGGCCUGUGGCAUAUGGAUGAUCGUGAUCCUGAAGGAACAUGGAGCUGCUUUGGAAGAACAGCUGUUGGAGAUCUUGAGCAUGAUUUACCAUCACAUGCCAGUCCUCAGGCAAAAGGAAGAAAGUUUUCAGUUUAUGCUGGAAGCCGUCUCUCAGAUCGCCAGCUUUCACAUGGAUGCAGUUGUUGCCAACCUUUUACAGAAGCCUCUGCCCUUUGACAGGGACACAAAGACAUUGUGGAAGGCUCUGGCUGAGAACAUAACCUCCAGUAGUAAGCUCUUGAGAGCCUUAACAGACAAACUUGAGAAUGAAUUGGAAGAUGACCUAGCCGGGAUGGAGGCGAUUUCAGUGGCCUGUGCUAUGUAUGAAGUGGUAUCAACAGGCACCCCCAUCACCACCUUGUACCCGGAGGUGUUCACUCUUCUCCUGAAGCUGGUCAGCUGCACACUGGGCCAGAAAAUGCCCACUUCCCCCUGGAGCCACAGACGGCGAGUAAUGCAGCAGGGAGAACGGCAGCAGACCGCAGACCCCUGCAGGCUCUCGACGGUGACUCUGAAGUGUGUGCAAGCCCAAGCCAUGAAAGAAGGCCUUGCCAAGGAAUCUGAUGAGGGGGACAACUUGUGGACCCUCCUCAGCAGUCCCAGUACCCACCAUGUAGGAGUGUGUGCACUGGCCAGGAGCACUGUGCAGCAACGUGGCAUCAUACUGGACAUCAUGGAGCAACUCUUCUCAUCUCUCACCUCCUCCUCGGAGAACUACCGGGUCACUGGCACAGCUUUCUUCUCUGAGCUCGUGAAGGAGCCAAUCCUUUGGAAGCAUGGGAAUCUACGGGAAGUGCUGAUCCUCAUGGAUCAGAGUGCCUGGGAUUCCAAUGCCACGUUGAGGCAAAUGGCCAUCCGAGGACUUGGUAAUACAGCUUAUGGAGCCCCUCACAAGGUGAAGAAGCAUAAGCAGAUAAUAUUAGAAUCUGUCAUCAGAGGCCUGUAUCACCUGGCCCGCACUGAAGUCGUCUGUGAAAGCUUGAAGGCUCUAAAAAAGAUCCUGGAACUGCUCACAGACAGAGACGUGAGCUUCUACUUCAAAGAGAUAGUGCUGCAAACAAGAACCUUCUUUGAAGACGAGCAGGAUGAUGUGAGACUGACUGCCAUCUUCUUAUUUGAGAAUCUGGCAUCCCUAACAGGAAGAAGGUGGAAGAUUUUUUUUGCGGAGGAAAUAAAAAAGAGCAUGAUUUCAUUCCUUCUCCACCUCUGGGAUCCCAAUCCCAAGAUCAGAGCAGCUUGCCGUGAUGUCCUGAUCAUCUGCAUCCCUUUCCUGGGCCUUCAGGAACUCUAUGGGGUGUUAGAUCAUCUCCUUGAUGGUCAGGAUCUACCAAGGGCCAGGGAUUUCUACAGGCAAUUCUGUGUGAAACUGGCAAAGAAAAACCAGGAAAUCCUGUGGAUCCUCCACACACACUCGUUCACCUUCUUCAGCAGCAACUGGGAGAUGAUCCGGAGUGCUGCCGUCAAACUCACAGAUGCCAUUGUUCUCAACUUGGCCAACCAAUAUGUGCAGUUAUUAGACAAAGAACAACUGACCACACGGCUCCAAGCACUUCGGCAAGACCCCUGCAUCAGUGUCCAGAGAGCAGCCGAAGCUGCCUUGCAGACCCUCCUGAGAAGGUGUAAAGACCUAAAUGUCCUUCUGUAAACCAUCAGGAAAUAAACUGCUAGGCUUUUUCU